ACUUGGACACAGACUCGUCGUCAAGACAACAAGUAAACCCAGACCUGCAGCAUGGCGGGACAGCACGCAUUAGAUCGGAAAAUACAGCAGUUUCGAAAGGAAUACUUCUACAGGAGCAAUCAGGCGGAAGAGAACAGAAAAAGAGAGAACCAAGCUGCCAUCCUGAUUCAGAGCUGGUUUCGGGGCUGCCUUGAACGGGCCUAUCUCAGCCAUCUGCACAAGAAGGCGAUCAUUAUACAGAAGAUAUGGCGGGGCUUCACAGCAAGGGCGCGUGUCAGACAAAUGGUGAAGGCGGCAUAUUUUAUCAUGAAGAUGAAUUUCUACGAGGAGAUGGCGGUCAGGAUUCAGCAGAGGUGGAGGGGUUUCUAUGCGCGGAAGCACAUUCACGACUUCUACGCACGCAAAAGCUAUAUGGAAGGAAUCAUCAAGAAGAAUAACUUCGUCAGGGAGGAGCUGGAUGAAAUUUGUUAUCUUCAGAAAAAAGAAAGAGAAAGCCUGAAAAUGAUAAAAGAACAGACAGCUAAAGUCUACCAAGCUCACCGGUUACAUUAUCUCCUCAGUACUAAACAGUGCCCUGGGGUCUUCAACUCUCCUUUUAGGCAAGCCCCUCAUGAGAUGGAGUUACUGUUGAGACAGGUCAAGCACUCAGCUCCCACCAGGCUGGUUCCCAAGAGCAGAGUUUCUUUCUUGGGGAUUCCAGAUCCAGCAGCCUGCAGUUUUUCUGCGCCUACUGAAUCUCCAUGGAUCAAAUCAACAAGAACCUGCAGCAUCAGACCUGCACUGCCUCCUAUUGCCAGCAGAAACCAUCAGGUGAUGGCAGUCAAAGCUAGAACAAAGAGCCUUGAUGUGGAAGAUUGAGAAUGAUUUUUUCCAUUUAUUACUUUAAAAAAUGUAAAUAAAUUACCAAAAAAUGACC